AUGCCGAGGAUUCGUCAUCUUUUCCCUAGUAAUGUGUGGGUUGGGUUGAUAAUUGGAAGCUCGUCCACCCGUUGGUGGCUGUGCAAUUAUCACGUGCACGACGCGUUGCUCGGAUUCGUUCCGGAAUCCGAAUCGCCAUCUGGUUUCAAGGUGAAGUACAGUUCAUUUACAGAGGCUUCUCGCGCCACUCCGUGGUUGUCGUGCUCGGUCGAGGCUAAUCUUCUCGCAGCCGAGCCAAGGUCCAUUCCGGCCCCUUCUCCGCCACCUAAAGAACAGAAUCCUGGGGCCGGCCAAAACUGUGAUCGGACUACUCCGUUCUCGGACAAAGAUACGACAAUCGGCCUACAUACGACGUCUUUGAGCGGGAAAGCGACACCUUUCCUUUUGCGCAGCGAACAUGACACAUCAAGAGGAGGAACUCCGGAAGGGUGGGUACUCUUGGCGCAGCAUCUCACGUCCAUCUUAUCGGUCGAGCCGCAGGUGCAGUUGGUGGCGUGUAUACCAUCGCAUCUCGGUCCCUUGCGACACAUUUGA